CUGGGGCAGCAGGAUCUUCUUUGUCCCGCUGGCCGCCCGUCCCCAGGGAGCUUUCACCAGGCGGACAAUGCACCAGGCUCUCUGUCUCUCUCAGUUCCCUCCAGGUGUCUGUCUCUCUCUAACUUGCCCUUUUCCUGUGUGUACAUGCCUGUGUCACCGUCUCUCUCUGCCACUCCCCUACCAGGCUGGCCACCAUCCCUGGCCUUCUCCAGCUGUGAACGGGUCAGCAGGGCAGGAGCCCCAGAGGCAGCUCCCAGAGGUGCUGAGUGAGGCCUGGGAACCACCUCGAGGAGAUGGGCUGCCGCUGCUCACCAUCAUCGUUGCUGCCUUCGUCCUGCUGGCAGUCUGCAUCGUGGUGGCAGUCCACUUUGGGCCACGACUACAUCAUGGCCAUGCCACCCUCCCCACAGAGCCACCAGCCCCCAAGCCAGAGGGUGGCAUCUACCUCAUCCACUGGAGAGUGCUGGACCCCUGGGACAGUCAUGAAGAUGCUCAGCAGGAACCUCCUGUCCCUGGCACCUACCCUGUGCCAGCUGGGCCUAGGCUCAGUGUUGAUGAAGUCACAUAUCUGUAGGAGGAAGACUUUGAAAAGCUGGACUGAGCUGGCUAAGAACAAGCAACUGGACAGAGAAUUAGGGCAAAAGCAAAUUGGGGCCAGGGCAUCAGAGCUUUGGAAGGUCACACAUGGAGUCAGCUGGCGCUGCUCUCCCUGCAAAAUAUUUAUAGAAAAAGCCCUGAUGUGGACAGGAGAAAUAAAAGAAACUUGAGGGCUUUGCCUGGAAACAUG